GCGCCGGCGCCAGACGCGGAGGAAGGAGCUGCGAGCAGCCGCCGAGAGGCCGCGGAGCCCGCGACGACCGAGCCCGCCGAGCCGCCGCCGCCGCCGCGCCCAUGGCGGCCGCCAAGGACACCCACGAGGACCAUGACACCUCCACCGAGAAUGCUGAUGAGUCCAACCACGACCCCCAGUUUGAGCCAAUAGUUUCUCUUCCCGAGCAAGAAAUUAAAACGCUGGAAGAAGAUGAAGAGGAACUUUUUAAAAUGCGGGCCAAGCUGUUCCGGUUUGCUUCAGAGAACGACCUUCCGGAGUGGAAGGAGCGGGGCACGGGGGACGUCAAGCUGCUGAAGCACAAGGAGAAGGGGACCAUUCGCCUGCUCAUGCGCAGGGACAAGACCCUCAAGAUCUGCGCCAACCACUACAUCACGCCGAUGAUGGAGCUGAAGCCGAACGCAGGCAGCGACCGCGCCUGGGUCUGGAACACCCAUGCCGACUUCGCUGAUGAGUGCCCCAAGCAGGAGCUGCUGGCCAUCCGCUUCCUCAAUGCCGAGAACGCACAGAAAUUCAAGACAAAGUUUGAAGAGUGCCGGAAAGAGAUUGAAGAGAAAGAAAAAAAAGGGUCUGGCAAGAAUGACAGCGCCGAGAAGGUGGUGGAGAAGCUCGAGGCGCUAUCGGUGCAGGAGGGCGAGCAGCCCCAGGACGCGGCCCUGGCGCCUGCCGAGGAGGAGCAGUGAGGCGCCCCGGGCAGCUUGCCCCUGUCUCCCCCGUUUCUUUUUUAAUUUUGCCCUGCGCCUUCUUUUCGGUUUGUUUUUAUUCUGUUUUGUUUUUACAAGGGACUUUAUAUAAAGAACUGACUUCCAACAUCCAGGUUGUUUUUUUUUUUCCAAGUUUUUGCCCUCAUGAAGACAACUUCAGAAAAUCCAUUCCCUGGUCACGAGAAUGUACCGUGCUAACUUUCUUUUCCAUAGUGGAAACACUUAUUUAUAGUCAUCAAAAUAGCGAAUAAACAACACGUUUGAA